AUGGCAUGGGAGCUCCUGCCGUCUGAAGACUUCAGUACCGCGCCGCAGGUGGUGCCCAAGGAGGUGGAGAAAGGCGGCAUCCUUCGUGUCACCUCACGGGUGUGUGGUCUUGGUCCAACCGAGGAAGCUCUCUGCCCCCCAGUUCAACCUCCCGCAGCUUUGUUUGCAGAGGACGAUGCCCCGCCACCCCCCUCCGAUGACGAAGAGGAAGCUGUGCCAGAAGUGCAGCCCGAAGCAAGCGCUCCUUCUUGCGAGCUUCAUGCCGCGGUCUGGCUUGGGGAUCAGACAACUGUCGGUUCGCUGCUGCAGGGAGGUGUGGAUGUGAAUGCCGAAGAUGUGCACGGUGUCACCCCUCUCAUGCUGGCAAUCGAGCUGAUGCCACGGUCCUCCGAGUAUCUAUCCAUGGUGCGGUAUCUCUUGGAAAGGGAUGCAAAUCCCCGCUGUCGCUCCAACUUGGGCUGGUCACCACUGGACGUAGCAGUGAGCUGUGGUGAUCAGGGUUUAGUGCGCUUGCUAUUCGACGCUGCGCAAAGAGACCUGCAGCAACGCUGGCAGGUGCGUCUUGCUUCGAUUGCGAAGUCGUUAAGCUUUCUGCCAGAUUUCGAGUGCAGGAUACGUUGGGAGUUCGAGUCACCCGUAAUCCCAUUGUUGAAUAAGAUUGCGCCUUCUGAUGUGAUCCAUGUGCGGAAGCGUGGAAGUUGUUUGCGCCUGGACUCCACCUUGGCCUCCUGGAAGAGGUUUCGGUUCAGCAAGCGGCGAAAUCUGACGAUGGUCUUUAUAGGUGAGCCGCUGACCGAUGUACCAGAUGAGGAGAAAACGGCUGACCAGAUGCCGCGGGGCUUCUUCAUGAUCAACCAUGACAAGCAGUCGAUAGUUGACAUGACGCAGAGCUUGGACGGCGAAGAGGCUGCUGCAGUUGUACAGGAUCUAGUGAAAGCAGAUGCGAUGCAGUGGGACAUGAGCAUUGGAAGUGUCGAUGUCACUGAAGGGACCACGUGGCUGGGCUCUCCCGCUGGGCCGUGUGAUGUGAAUGGCUGGAACUGCAUGCGGUUCGACGUUCGAGGUGAUCUAGGAAUGACCAUGCGAAAGAAGGGCAUGCGUAUAGAUGGCCUCACCUUCCAAGAUUAUUUCGGUCGGCCCCUUCCACCAGAUGCUUGCUUGCCAGAGCUGCGACGAGAGUUCGAAGCUGCACGCCACCAGGCGCCAUACAUGGCGCCACCAGUGCCAAAACAGUCUCAGGUGCCCACGCCCUCGACCGAAUGCUUUGCAAUGGACCAAGACUCUGAGGCUGGCUCUAUCCAGUCGGAGGUGUUGGAAGAUUGGCCAGACACACAGGGGACGGGGACCCAGCCAAGUGCUCUCCCAGAGACGCUUGGAGCUCCUCGGCUUCCGGAAGCGGCAGCUCCCGGCGGCGCGCCUGCGCCUGCGCCUGCUGGCUCAACGCCAAGCAGGCCACUGGGCUCCAGAGACCGCUUGGGAACCUCCAGCCACCGGGUGUCGGGCAGUGUUUGGUUGGCGACAGAUUUCCCCAUCUCCAUGAGUCAGUUCACUCCCGUGCUUGAUGCGCUUGCGGUGCACCACAACCCCAUGAAGCGCUUGAAGGAGAUUGUGCAGUCAACGAGCCUGCAGGAGGCUGCUGGACGUGCUCGGGCAUCGGCCGAAGCGGCCGCUUUGGGUUCGCAAGAGGGGCCGCAGCAGGUCUUCCCAGUUCGUGCGGCUGUGCCCAUCAACAUGGCGAUCAGGGCCACCCUGCAUUUCGAGGCCUUCUCGUUGAUGGUACCGGAGGCGUUGUCCACGGAACUCUUCGACCUACCGCACAGUUACCGCUUCGUGGCACGUAGUGAGGCGCAAAAGACGGCCUCACGGACCAAGAAGCGAAUGCUCAUCGCCAAUCUGGCCUUGUGA